AUGUCACUUACAUGUGUUUCCAACUCGAAUUUCAGCGCUGACACCUAUGUCCUUCCGGUGGCUAGACAUUCCCGUUUAUUCAGCAACGGUACUGUCAUUUCGUCUGCUCCCGCGUCUUUAACAGCACCGUGCAUCAUAUACAUCCAGUACUUUCCCUUCGACAUACAACAAUGUGAAUAUCGGUUCACCACUUGGGAGACAAAUGCGGAAGAAGUGGCGAUGUAUCCGCUAACUUCAACGAUUCUCAAAGUUGAUUUUUUAGAGAAUACUGAGUGGAACAUUGUGAAUACGUCUGUUACGUCCAAACUCGUCUUCUAUCCUUGCUGCGAAGCGCCGUACAGUACGAUCACGUGUCUGUUGACGAUUCAGCGGAGACCCUUGUACUACCUGAUCACCGUAGCAAUGCCUUGUCAUAUUCUCUCAAUUUUGACGGCGCUUACGUUUAUGUUGCCACCAUGUUCCGGCGAGAAGCUGACAGUCGGAAUCUCGAUUCUAUUGAACUUGGCUGUAUUAAACCUGGUAAUCGCCAACAUCAUGCCAGCAACAUCGAUUGAUAUCCCGCUAAUUGUAAAAUAUAUAAUAUUCAGCAUGGUAUUCGUUAGCACUUCAAUCGUCGCUAGUAUCUUUGUUCUGAGCGUUUAUCACAACAAGUCUGAACACCGACCAGGUCGCAGGAUGCGUAAAAUAUUCUUAGACAUCUUGCCGCGUUUAUUUUUUCUGAAGCCGUUUCACGAUGACCCGAGCUUAAACGUGUUCGACGACAAAUACACCCUACGCAUUACCGAUUCAAAUAUGGACAUUUCGAAAAAGGACUUUAAUUUUGAGAAUGGGGAUUAUGAUUUCGAGCGACAGGGAUUAUCAGAGUAUGCUGUUAAGGUCACGGAGAGUGAGUCAAGUAGGGAAGUGAAACGAAUCCGUGGCAGACGAUCAGACAAACCUCUGAAAUAUAUUGUGCGGUCAGCUAGACAAAAACACGAAGCAGCUGCCGCCAACGGCAGUGAAUCGACGUCUACUGUUAGAUGCGAACAUUGUUCACUGACCGCAGAAGAGGCAUUAUUGCUGGAAAUAUUGGGCAAAGAAAAUUGCAUACUCGAUAACGUGGGACGACUUGCAAAGAAGGAACGAGAUGUUAUAAUAGAACGACAG